UUCAUUUUAAGCGAAAAUUUUGCCAACAAAGUCCAGGAUUUUUUUAUAAUUUAUUAGUUUAUUUGUGCAGAAGAUUAGGCUACUAGAAUGAGGAAAAUAAUAACGUUUUUAUCAAUCAUACUUUAUAAGAUAGUUUGUGUUUUGACUUACAUAUACAUUAAAGCAAAUGACGUGGAACUUUCUUACUUGGUUACAUCGUAUGGUCAAUGUCAAACAGGAAACGGUCACUUUAGCCUAUUUCAAGGUUUUUCGAUCACCGACUGUGUUGUGCAAUGUGGACUACGCCCUCGCUGUAUGGCUUUAAACUUUAGGAGUCAAGGAAAUAUAUGCGAGCUUUUUUCAUCCGACAGCGGGAGCACGAUUAAAGGCGGAAGAUGUCUACUUGUGAAACGAUCAGACAUCCGUAAUAUAAAGACUCCAUGCAAAAGGUGCUUUGGCGGACAGAUAUGCGAUGCUGAUUCGAAGCUCUGCAUUCACAAAGAAUGUAAACAUUCUCCAAAGCUCAAGAAUGGAAAAGUCCUAGGAAACCGCAAGGAGGUUGGAAUGACACUUAGAUAUACAUGCGACUACGGAUUUAAAAGAAACAAUAACGUUCAUGGUGCAAAAUGUCUUCAGAGUGGAAAAUGGAAUCAGACUGCAGGUUGCGCAAGAGGCUGCAGAACUGACUGGGUCCUCUUCAAUGGAUCAUGCUACUUAUUCUCAGUUGAAAUGCUGAGCUGGUAUGAGGCAAAGGAUUACUGCAAAUCCAAAAGAUCGACUCUCGUCAGUGUUAAGGAUGACGCAGUACACCAGUUUAUCACAGAACAGCUUGAAGAAAUAAAUGCAGCAUCUGCCUUUUGGAUAGGAGGGCGUUAUAAUGCCACAACACGAAGUUACAAAUGGCUGGACGGGUCUUCUGUAGGUACCAGUAACUUGGGGCUGGUUACGACAGACACUAUGGAUGGGUGUAUGAUGUACAGUUUAGGCGGCUGGAAAUGGACGGCGUCUGAUAACUUCCGCUGCACUGAUAUAUCAUUGCGUUUUAUAUGUGAAGCUUGAUCUGAAUUAUUAAGUUUGCAAAGCUCUCUAGACGUGAAUAUUAUCACGCAUAAAAUGUUGCUUGGCAAUGCACAAAUUGAUACUUAUUUAUCACUAUAAUGGUUAAAACCGAUUAUAACUAUAUUCCCCUAAAAGACAACUUUAUUAAAAUCUCACUUUAGUUACAUGACCCCUGGAUUAGGUCCCUGGUUAACGGUCGCCUCUGCUCACCGAAUAAAAUCUGUUUGAACCGAACAGCAAAUUAAAUAUGUUAAAAUCGCUAUGCCACAUUAAGAGAGCUAUUAAGAUAGCUGAUGAAUUCUUUAUAAACACGCAGAAUAAUAGCAAACUCGCUUUUCACUUAGGCUGUUCAUGAGAUGUGAUGAAAUAUAUGCAAUACCUCUAACCCUCGUAGCACCGGCUACUGUCGAACUCCAUUUAAGUAAAAUUGAAUCGACUCCAUGAUCCCAAAGGACCAGAGAAUGUAACAAAACUGAGUCACGAUAUAGUGGGUAUACUACAUCUAAAGACAGCUGCUUUUGUAGUUGAUAAAACCUGUUAAAAGGUCAUUUUGAAGCGAGCAACAUAAUAGUGAAUUACUUUAAAUGAGUUUAUUCAUGAUAUGUGAUGACAUAUGCGAGACCUCUCACUCAAGAUUCCCUUAGCACCGGCUUAGUGAACUGUUUGAUCCCAAAGGACCAGGAGAUAUAACAUCAGUAUGGGGAAACUUUUACUGCCGCCAUGCGGUAUGGCAUUUUUAGACACUGUUGAUAUAGUAAAUAAAAUCUGCAAGAAGA